AUGGAUAUCCAAGAAGUGCCCGUGCCACUCCCUUCGGCCCCUCCAAAACAUCUCGGCCCGAACAUCACUCUCCAACCGCCACUCUCGCGCCGUGGCCAUGGGCCGGGUUUGCUCCUUGUGCUUCCGGAUGGCAUGGUCGCAGAUAAAACUAAGCAGACGCUGGAUCCGCCACCGCUGCAGAAAUGGGCGGAGGAGGGAUAUGCGGUGGUCGAGGUGCGGGCGCCGGCUACGGCUUCCGAGCAUGGGUCCGGAUCGGGAUCGGGAUAUUCUGUUCUCUCUGCAUUGCGGGAGGGAUUGGAGGCGUUGAGGGGAUUGGAUGAGUGUGAUGUGAAGGAUAAAUUCGGGUUGAUCUGUGAGGGAUACUUGAUUAAGCCAGAAUAUACGACGCUAGCACACUCAGCGACGAAAGCUGUCGCUUCAUUCUCAACACUCGCUGAGAUCGGCGCCAUAGUUUCAUAUGGCGGAACGCACGAUGGCAACGUCAACACCAACAUCAACAUCGCAAGACUGCUCCAUCUUCCGGGCAAUAAUGCACCCACACCUCCACCAGGAGGCACUCUGGUUGUUCACAAAUACCCAGAUGCAAAGUCUGCCAACUUCGUUAUUCCCCAGCACGCGGAUUUCGACCCCUCCGCGGCAGCAGUAGCACAUACCCGUACUCUAUCAUUUUUGAAGACCAGGAUCGGCGGGCCAUUUUUCGAUCUCGAGGCUAUAUGGGACGAGCACACGUACUUUGAAUUCGGUGACAGGUCUGUGGCGAAGACGAUGGGGACGAUGGUGCAGGAGCCGUAUGUUAAUCAUAUACCGACGAUGACAGGAGGCAUUGGUCGCGCCCGCCUCUCCAAUUUCUACCGCCACCAUUUCAUCUUCAAUAAUCCAGACGACACCCAGAUAGAACUCAUCAGCCGCACCGUCGGCAUCGAUCGAAUCAUCGAUGAGUUCAUCUUCAGCUUCACACAUGACAAGGUGAUAGAUUGGCUCAUCCCAACCAUCCCUGCAACAAACCAACGCGUCCGUCUCCCCAUGGUCUCCAUCGUUAAUGUGCGGGGCGACCGCCUCUACCACGAGCACAUAUGGUGGGACCAAGGCGGCCUGCUGCGCCAACUGGGAUUGCUGCCGGAAUACCUGCCGUUUCCAUAUGCGGUGGCGGAUAGCGAUGGUGGCAGCGUAAGGGUGCCGGCUGAGGGCAAGAGGUUUGAGUAUAAGGUUCCGGUGAUGGGGAUUGAGGCUGCGGAGAAGUUGAUGGAUGAGGAAAGCGUGGAGUCGAAUGGGAUGAUUGGGGGGCUGGUGGUUAGGGAGGUGGAAUGA